AUGGCGCAAGGCAAUGUGACGCGCAUCAAAAACAUCUUGAAUGAAGCUGAUGUGGACCGAACUGAGCUCACACCUGCUCAAGUAAAGGUCUACAUAAAGAAGGUAGAAACUUCCUACACCGAGUAUCACCAAUAUCACCAGCAAAUAAUGGCGAGUGUACCACUGAACAAGCGAGAAGAACAAGACGUGAAGUUCCUGAAUUUCGAAACUUUGCACGAGCAGGUGUCGACCAUUCUCGAAACUUGGCUCGGGAACCUUACCGCACCUCCACGAGUUCAGGAGCAACAAGCCAUCCCAUUGGCCGUGAAUCAGCAACCCAUUGUUAUCCAGCAGUCCCUACCUCGUGCCAUUCCCACGUUUGACGGGAGAUACGAGAGCUGGAAAAAGUUCAAGAUAAUGUUCCGGGACGCUGUGGAUCGCACCAACGAAGCACCAAGGAUCAAGUUAUAUCACCUCGAGAAGGCUCUCGUUGGUGACGCUGCAGGACUAAUAGACGUCAAGACAAUCAGCGAUGGAAAUUACGACCAUGCCUGGCAACUGCUGAAUGAACGGUUCGAGGAUAAGCGGCGCAUGAUCGAUAUACAUAUCGCCGGCUUACUAGGAGUGACAAAAUUGUCGAAGGUGGAUUUUUCUGAGCUGAGAGCGCUGGUCGAGACAAUCAGUGGUCAUGUGGAGAAUCUUAAAUUCCUUAACCAAGAAUUCACUGGAAUUUCGGAACCUAUCGUCGUGCACUUGAUCGCCCGAGUCCUGGAUACUACAACGAAGAAACUGUGGGAGUCUACAAUACGAAGAGUUCGUGUGGAUCCAGUGGAGGAGCUUAUGCAGAAGUUUUGGGAGGUGGAAAGCGUGUCACCAGAGACUGUUCCAUCAUGCGAGGAGGAGCAAUGUGAGGCACAUUUUGCUGCAACCUAUCGCCGAGAUGAUAGUGGUCGUUACAUCGUACAACUUCCAUUGAAGGACAUCGCUUCGCAGCUAUCAAAUUCUCGUUCCAUGGCCCUGCGCAGAUUUUACAUGCUCGAAUCAAAGCUACAGCACCAUCCAGAUUUGAAAGCCCAGUAUGAUGCCUUUCUGGACGAAUACGAGGAGCUCGGACACUGUCGGGAGGUGAAGGAAUGCGACGACCCACCUGGAUUGCAGACAUGGACGCAACGUAGAAAGCAUUUUGAGAGUCCCCAGUUCAUCCAAGUCGUCCUGGCCCUGAGUUUAGAUGUGGAUUGA